GCGGGGAACAAGUGGCUUGUGGGAUGCGAACUGCCCAAGUCGCCGGCGGCGGCAACUGCACAGAUCCACACCGAGGAGACAAGCCAUCAGCGGGACAGAGACAGCGGGGACACACGCACUGCAGCGGGGGCAGACUACCGGCGCCGCGGUGCUUCCACCUCCGUGUCCAGGCUUCGGGCGCAGGCGGCGGUGAGAAUCGGCGGAAGGCAGAGGCAGGAAGGGAGGAAAAGUUGAGAUCCCACGAACCGACGCGUGGGAGUGGGACGCGGAUCGUGACUGACUGAGGCAAGCCCCACUGUCUGUCUCAUCAUGGCAGGACCUGGAAAUGACAUGCAGUGGUGCUUUUCUCAGGUGAAAGGAGCCAUUGAUGACGACGUCGCUGAAGCGGACAUCAUCUCCACGGUGGAGUUUAACCACACAGGGGAGCUGCUGGCCACCGGCGACAAGGGCGGACGAGUUGUCAUCUUCCAGCAGGAGACAGAGAAUAAAAACCCACCUCAGUUCCGGAGCGAGUACAAUGUUUACAGCACUUUCCAGAGCCACGAGCCCGAGUUCGACUACUUGAAGAGUUUGGAGAUCGAAGAGAAGAUCAACAAAAUCCGCUGGCUUCCUCAGAAGAACGCAGCUCAGUUCCUAUUGUCCACUAAUGAUAAGACAAUUAAACUGUGGAAAAUCAGCGAGCGGGACAAGCGGCCAGAGGGCUACAACCUGAAGGAGGAGGAUGGCCGGUACAAAGACCCCAACUCCAUCACCAAACUGCAGGUCCCAGUGUUGAUCCCGAUGGACCUGAUGGUGGAGGCCAGUCCCCGGAGGGUGUUUGCCAACGCCCACACCUACCACAUCAACUCCAUAUCUGUGAACAGUGACAAUGAGACGUACCUGUCUGCAGACGACCUGAGGAUCAACCUGUGGCACCUGGAGAUCACUGACCGCAGCUUCAACAUUGUUGACAUCAAACCUGCCAACAUGGAGGAGCUGACAGAGGUGAUCACUGCUGCAGAGUUCCACCCUCAUCAGUGCAACACGUUUGUCUACAGCAGCAGCAAAGGCACCAUCCGCAUGUGUGACAUGAGGGCCUCUGCACUGUGUGACAAACACACCAAAUUGUUUGAGGAGCCUGAGGACCCAAGUAACCGCUCCUUCUUCUCUGAGAUCAUCUCCUCCAUCUCAGAUGUGAAGUUCAGCCACAACGGCCGUUACAUGAUGACCCGGGACUACCUCUCAGUCAAGAUCUGGGACCUGAACAUGGAGAGCAGACCCGUGGAGACCUACCAGGUCCACGAGUAUCUGAGGAGCAAGCUGUGCUCGCUCUACGAGAACGACUGCAUCUUUGACAAGUUUGAGUGCUGCUGGAAUGGCAACGACAGUGUGGUGAUGACCGGCUCCUACAAUAACUUCUUCCGGAUGUUUGAGCGUGGCCACCGGAGGGACGUGACCCUGGAGGCGUCCCGGGAGAACAGCAAGCCCCUGCAGGUGCUCAAGCCCCGCAAAGUGUGCGCGGGCGGCAAGCGCAAGAAGGAUGAAAUCAGCGUGGACAGUUUAGACUUCAACAAGAAGAUCCUCCACACCGCCUGGCACCCCCAAGACAACAUCAUCGCCGUGGCAACUACCAACAACCUCUACAUAUUCCAGGACAAGGUCAUUUAACAGCACGCAGGCGAGUUACCGGCUCCUUUUUUCUAGGUGCGGCAGAGGGGCGGGGUCUCACGGUUUCGGCCGGCCCGCCCUCUCUCUCUCUUCUCUCUGUGGAAACGCAGGCACUUGAAGCAGCCAUGUCCGUUGCUAGCGGCGACCAGACUUUGCCACUUUGACCCUAGUGCGGACAGAGGAGGCCUCGCUAUCACCCCCUUUCAUCAGAUCUGCAGCAGAGGGACACCUGCCUUCUCGUUUAAAGCUCUAGUGCGGGCUUUUUCAAGUAGUGUUGUACGUUUAAAUAUUGUGUAGUGAGGCUGAAACAUGAUGCUAACGGUUCAUUUUGUCGUUCUUUUUUUGAUGGGAGGGCUUGUUUGGAGAUGCAGACAGGAACAUUUGCAGUGUGUGGGGCUAAAGCACUUACUACCACUAAUAUCAGUUUAUUAAUGCAUUACUGGCGUGCGUUUAUUCACACACACAUCUCCAUUUUGUUUUACGACGGCACUUAAUAUCUAAGUAGUCUCAGCUUGUGGUGAUUGAACACAAAUGGGCGAUUUAUUAAAAACAACGUUGAAGUUUAGACACCAGUGCGUAGUGUAAUCUCCUGUCUGCAGCUCCAAACACAGAAGAAUGCAUGAAAAUUUAGUCCUCAACAUAUCAAAACUUUAAAACUGUUUAUAUGGAGCACUCCUGAGUUAGAUUAAAUGAAAAAUCACCAGAAAAUGUAAAAAAAAAAAAAAACACUCCCUACGACACUACUCGGAAAGCCCCGCAGUAACGCUUUCUAAUUUCGUGCCAAUUUUCGUUCUCCAUUCGCCACGUUUUCCCCUCAACAAGAACACUUAUUUUUUAUAUACCACCUGCCCCCCCCCCCUCGGAAAUAUACCUGUGGUCGUGUUGUUACCCCCUCGCCCUGUGCCAUCGUAGUGUUUAUUUUUCUAUUUUCUGUUUGUAGAACUUUUAUUAAUUCAUCCGUUUAUACUGUCAUGUUAUAGUUUUUUUUCCUUUCAUUAAAUGCAUUGAAACGACUCACUCCAUUUUGACAUUGUGCCUCAGGUUCAGCGGCCACAACGGUCCAGAAAAUGACAUCAAUAAAUAUUUAUGUUUGAACAAGUCAGGUAGAGUUAAAAUAAAUGUCAUAUUUAUAUUAACCGGUGUUACCAAAUUUGUUCCGUCCGUCUCCAUGACAUCAGAUUUGACGAUUUUUUUUUUGUUUUUGUCUUCUCAAGCACUUAAAAAGAGUUUGGAUUUGACACUGGACGCUUAUUCAUCUUAACUAAUGGAUAUCUGUGUUGAAGAUGGAAUUAAAAAUAAAAAAACACAUUAUUUGAGGCAAUGGGUCGCUAAAUGUUGGAGCUACUGCAGGACUUGCUACCGCUACUGUAUGUGAUGGUACAAUAUACGGGGCUGCACGCGAGUGGGUUAGCAGCCGUUUGAGGAAUCCACAAUGUAUUCGAAAAAGUGGACGAUUCAAACUAUAUUGAUGCCUCUAGUAAUGUAUGAGUACAGUUUUAAUCUAUGACGGUGAAGAUAAUAAUAAAGGAACUACUUUUUG